UUUCAUAACCUACCAUCCCUCUUUCUUGACCAAAGCAUCCAUCAAAUGUUUUGUUGCCUAAAUGCUUGUUAUGUUAAUAUAUCUGUUUCCUUAAAAUUUCAAUAUAACCACGCAUACUCUUUUGUGGAUGUUAAUGGGUGCUUAAACAUUCAAAUUUGAUAUGUAGAUCUGCCCAUGCUUACACGUAAAGUGUUGGAAAGAAGUAACGCGGACGUCCUAAGAAGCAACAAAUCAAGGUAGAUGACAAAAUCCCAAAACUAAAAAACACAGGAGGCAGUUCAUCAGCUUUCAUGGAGUUCAUUUCCGGAGCUUCAAAAACCCAUUUAGGACCUGGAAUCCUCACCCAGAUCCCUUAUGUUGGAGCUUUUGCAUCGGCUAGUCAACAACAAAAGAGAGCAAAUCAGAGUCUUAUUCCCCUGCAUGUCGACCUAAGGGGCAGUGUCACACUUCCACCUUCUCGUGAUGCUACUGUUCCAUUGAAGGUUAAAGAGCAGGAGGUUGGAAACCAAGCCCAAGUACCAGUUAAUGUUCCAUUGCCGGAAGUGACCAAGGAGUCCACUUGGGCUGGAGUACUCAAUGGCAAUCGAUUAGCUGCUAAUGGUUUGGCUUUGAACUACAUCACCCCUGAGAUUGUAAAAGGUAAUCUAGUAGCUAAUCCUGAGAAAUCAUAACUUGAGACAUAAACUAUGAAAUGGAAGUGUGCCCUAAUUAUCUAUGUGAUUGGGGAAAAGCCAGGGUAUAACUAUAUGCAUAGAUACAUAAAUCAAAUGUGGAAUACUGUGAUUAUGCCAGAUCGUUACUCACACGAUGAUGGUUACUUCAUAGUCAGGUUCCAUUCCAUAGCAGAUAUGAAGAAAAUUUUGUGUGAUGGACUUUACACGGUUAAUAACAGGCCUAUGAUAAUGAAACACUGGAGUCCAUAGUUUGAUUUU